GUGGACCGGAUUCGGACUGCCUUCCACCGCGUCGUCCUCGGCGGAGAGGAGCGCGUGCUCGCCUCCGUGGCCGAGCAGAGCAGCACGCAAAGCAGCUUGCCCAAAGUCCCGAGCACCGCGUCGUCGGUCCGGUCCUCCGGAGCGGGGGGAGGAGGGGGAACAAACAACACCGUGCCGUCCUCCGGAGAACAGGUGAGAAGUCAGGAGCUGCUCGUUGGAGCGGGAAUUCCACCCUCCUCCGCUACCAGUACGACUUCACGGACAAUUGGAGGUUCCACUAGUGUCGCCGCCGGGGUUGAGGAAGCAGCCGGAACGAGGCGGAACAUCAAGGGAACAACCACAGGAACGACGAGCAGUGCGGGCGGAGAAGGGAACAACUACACGAAUGCAACAAAUCAGGAGGAUCAUUUAUUGCAGGUGGAAAAGUUAAAGUAUUCCUCAUCAUCUACUGGAGUAGACUCUCCUCUACAACUCCAACGCUCCCUAGAGAAGUCCGACCUCGACCACGACCUGCUCCUGGGGUCCGCUUGCUGCAUGCUGCAAACUUUUGCGUACACGCAGCGGAUUUUUCAGAAGAAGCAGCGGCUCCUCCUCAUCGAGCAACUCGUGUACCGGCUUGCGCAAGCGGGACACCAAGCCGCAACGGUUUUCCUCACCCCACUGCGGGAGCUUUGUGUGUCGGUGAAAACCGUCGCCGGACACUAUGCGCAGAAGGGUGGUGAAAAUGAAUGGCAGUUGCCGGGAGCGGACGACGACCCGGAGGAGGAGGAGGGCUGCAACAUCGAGGGAACAAACAGUGCAAAUACUCUGAAAACAAGCAUCAAAAAAAACAAACGAUUGCUUCAGGUGCAGUACUACCAGAACAACAAACACCUGAUCGAUGCUGUUUGCCACCGCGUCCCGGGGCUAGCGGUGCCGGGUCUGCUCCGGCCAAUCUCAGUGGACUUGAUUUUAGAAACGUUGAGAGCGUUAUGCCCCGGAACGGGGACGUCGACCGCCCACAGCAAGAACACCGACAAUACAAAGGAAAACCAAAUAGACGGUAGUUGUGAACAAGAAGCAGCUCCUAGUACUGAAGUAGAUCAAGAGGAACCUCCGAAUCUCUCCGCCGUUAUCCAGCAGGUUCUCCAUCACAGCUACACGCAAACCACUCAAGUGCUGGACCUCCUCCACGAAUUCAUGCAAAACGAGGGGGCCGUGUUCAUCGGGUUCGAUGAAGAAAAAAUCGUUCCCACCUACCUGACGCUGGCGUCGCUGCUGCAUUCUCAUUUCGGUGACAUCGAGCGCGAGUUUGACCGCGCGGUGAGGAAGUACAAUUGCUACAACGAUGAUAACUUACUGCACCAGCAACAUUCCGCGCAGACCACUGAGGAUUUUUUGCGCAAAAUCCGAGAAAAGUACUUUCAGCGCUGCGCCACGGCUGCGCAACAAGUGCAGUCUGCGAAGUCUCUCGGACAACAACAGGGUGCCAGGGGUCUGCAUCAAGUGUACAACCCGCCAAUUACAUCUUCUACGUCCGGGCUGCACAGUGUGGGAAGCUUGGAUGGAUCUUCGACAUCUUCAUUUCACGACCAGCACGUCACUUCCAGCUACGUAUUUUUCCGGACAAGUAUGUGGUUGCGGAAUCACCUUCGGUUGGAAACGAAAGAGGAGCAAACUGCUGCAAAAACCAUGGACAACAUUAUACCUGGUAAAGAUGCAGAUGAGCCGCGUCGUCCAAAAACAACUGCAGCUUCUUAUUCCCUAGCCUCGUGGAUCGAGAACGUCGCUUUUGGAGCAGCUACAAGGUCGUGCGCCGACACGGGGGAACAAGCGCUGCGACAAGAUCAGAAUAAAGCUCCUACCGAAAUAAAGCCUGUAGUUCCCGAGCGGGGGGUGGACCGGUAUCUGAUCAAGGGCAUCAACAAGGGAGCAGCUGCGACCGCACGUUCUCUACCCCCGACGCUGCCACGGGUGUUUUUACAACCGGAAAUAAAAACAAGCAAAGAGGAGCAGACCACUGGGACAAGCCAGCAAGAGCUUACAAUAAAGCAGCUCGGAGGUGGUGGUGGAACAGGUGGUGCACAUAGUAAUUCUCAACAAGCACGACCAUCAUCAUCCCAGCAUGCUGGUUUCGCUCCCGCGAGCCGAGUGGCGACGCCCAGCAACAAGUUUGUGCCGAGUCCGGGAACUCUGCAAAAAGUCAAUACGCCAACGGGGACGCCGGUGGGGAAAAUGGUGGGAUCAGGGAUUGCAACCCCCAGCGCUGUUAAUUCGUCUUCUGCUUCCUGUCAUUUUGUUUCGUCGAAUAAUCUUCUUCUUUCCGCUCCGACAACUUCCUCUCUGACCGAAGUAGUAGACGGUAGCUCGACGGCUCCGGGUGGAGCUGCUGCAAUCUCCACGACCAGUACUUCUAUCGAGAGCCUGCAAGCGACGAAAAUUCCCAAAGAAGGCUAUCCCUUCCAGCAUUCAGGAGGUUCUCGAACAUCAAGUGGGGGUGGAACCACAUCAAGCACUAUCGACUUCUUCCACGUCCUACCAACUGCAAAAAUGUCUGGGUCUGGAAACUUGUGAUGCUUGGUGGCGUAUCAUGAUGAGGCCACAAGUGCUGGCUCAGCAUGACAAGUUUCUGGGCUUCUAGGUGUUGCCUAUCCUGCAUGACAAACUGCGUUUCUGCAUGACAGAAAAAUGGAGCGCUUGGGUAACGUGCAUGACAAAUGUAGGAGUCAUGCGAGACAAGCAUGACAAACUUGCAUUCUUCCAGGCCCAGAAAUGUUUGCAUUUGAUACGUCCAUCAUUUCUCCAUUCCACACUCCCGAUCCGGGCCAGCCAACCAGGUGAGCGCAAACUGGGCAGCUACGUCUACAUCUCCUAGUACUAGAAUGCCUGGCUCUACAACUGAACAACAUGACCGAGGAAAAAUCAAAGACGAUAAAAUCCAAAUGACGGCGUUUCUCGACGACGUUGGCCACAACUUCGUGCUGUGCUUGGUAAAAAACGACGUCUACGUUCCCGUCUUCGUCGAGCCGAUCUUGCAACUGGAACUCCAGUUCCCGUCUGACUACUUUCCCAGCAAGAGCUUCUCCCUGGCAGAGUUCUGGUCUCUCCUAGCGGUCACCACCGUGCCGCCGCCGCCGUCGCCGCCCCGCCCGAAAAACUACAACGACAACACUAGUAAGAUACUGCUGCAAAACCUAGGUUAUCAAAUGCAAAAAUGUCUGGGUCUGGAAGAUUGCGAGAUUUGUCAUGCUAGUCUAGCAUGACUCUGCACUCUGUAUUGCGUGGCCACCAAGAGGCCCUCUUGCCUGUCAUGCAAAAGCGCAGUUUCUCAUGCGAAAUACGCAGCACAGAAUUACGAAAAAACUUGUCAUGCUUGGCGGCGCAUGACAGAGCACUUUAUUGUUCACGGACUUGCAUCACAAGUUUCCAGACCCAGACUUUUUUGCAGUUGAUAUAGGUUUGCUGGGCGACGGAGCCAGCAGCACGGGCGGAAUCACCCCGCCGGUCGUGAGUCGGGCGAUCGAAGUCAGGACUGGAUCGUCGAAGGAGAAUGGUGCAGAACAAAAGGAAAGUUCCAACUACCCGAGCAACCUUUUGGAGGCUGACGCGAUGGACCCAGUACUAGUUAGUUGGAUGCUGUUCUUUUAUAGUGAUAAAGGACGUCGCCUAGUAUGUUAGCAUAUGCAUAAAUACGUGCUGUACGAACAAGUUCUCCUUCUUGUACCGAAAAGUAAACCACUUGAAAAUCGUCCUCGCACUCACAGGUAAGUAGCCGGCUCGCGACUCUCCGCAACAUCGAGGAGCUUGACGACGACGCACUGGACGCGUUCCUUGCGGCCGACGCAGAAAGGCAGGACCAAAGUCAAGAAGAGUCGACGUCUGUUUCUUUUACUGUGCACCAGCAUCCUUCCAGAGAACGCCAAGCGACUGGGGAGCAGCAAGAAUCUCACAACUCCCUGGAAGAUGCAACGCCAGCAUCAAGCUUGGCCGAACUAGGUCUUGAUCCACCCGAAGAUGGGGACGAGCUGUUCGAUGCAGACGGAAACAUCAAAAAAUUGGAAGUAGCAGAGCAGGAGGUCGUGCGGCUUGUUGCAACUGCAGGCCGCUUGACAUCUGCAAGCUCGGAUGAAUUACGCACUGGUACUAGUAAGGAACACGUCGUGAAGACCACUGCAGAUGAAGGAGACGAGGGCGAGCAGUCGCAGCGAGAAGAUUCUACUUUCGAAGACGCAACGCCAAAACUCCAUACUGUCGACACUUCGGUCGAUAUUGGGACAGAUAAUGAAGACACGACGUCCGAAAGAAGCCGCGCAACGUCCAGAAAUAUUGAAGGGAAAACAGAAAAAGACGAAGAGCUUCUAAAACUUCAACAAGACAGCAGACGGAACAACCAAAGCAAGAGCAAAUCACGAGUCCCCCGACGAGAGCCGCUCCCGCGACGAGAAAAUGACUGGGUCCUGAGAUUCAAGUUCAACCGCUGCCACACGGUAAAGACCGACAUCCUGCAGGAGAAAUUGUCGAGAAAUCCAAAUCAAUCCCCAGCGGAGGUGGUCUCUGGGAUGAUGAAUUCCGCUCCUUCAUAUAUUCUGGGCACACGACUGGACUCCAGUAUUGACGUUAUCCCUUCGCCUGAGGAAGAAGCAGAAAGCGUGCUUUCUGUGGUCUUCCCGAAUUUCACACAUUGGCAAUUGAUGCUCCGGGGGUUCUUGGAAAAGCAAAGACAGCAUCGGACGCAGUUGUCCGCGGGCUUUCUGACGUAUUUAGCACACGUCAGGCCGCCGGAAUAGUUGCAGAAGGGUGAUGAAACAAAAUAUGCGUCGUGUUGCAACCACGUCGAAAAGAACGUGCAUAUUACGGUUUUGAAUUCAUCUUGAAAUUGUAUACAGCCUGGGGUUGUAGCCUUCCCGCUGCCUAGCAAAAUUUUUCGC